UCAAAAGAGUGUUGUAAAGAUACAUAAUAAUUUUUACCAAAGGGAUUAAUGGUUUUUCUCAAUGUACCCUGCCCUAAAUAGAUAACUACCGUCUCCUCCUGCACCAUUCCCAAUAAGCGUCGUUACAUUAAGAACGAAAUAAUAUUCAAACGUUCUUGCCUGAAACGUCCAGCAAGUUUGUCCUCGGCUGUUUCCGUUCCCAAGCCAUUGAAUCUCUACGAGUCUUUUGUGAUCAGAAUGACAAUGAUGACGUAACACACAAAUAUAGCCGCGUCAUGUCACUAACACGUACAUAUUAGCGCCAAUUAGCGACUUAUUCAACAGUUGAUGUCCGCCUGGAACAGAGACGCAUUUCAAGAAUCAGUGUCCUGCGGUUUGGCGCAUCAUGCAGAACGUCUUGAAGUGCGUUGUUACCGUUGCAUCGUUCCUGCUGCUCCGGAUGAUGCCAGUGUCUUCGGAGUGUCCAGAGUGUUGUACGUGUCGGAGUGGAACGUUCAGAUGUCGGAACGCUUCGUUGAAGUCUGUACCCAGCAAUCUGUGUAAUGACACCAUCAACAUCGAUAUGUCGUUCAACAGUAUAUCGACACUUAACAACAAUAUCUUCGACAACAUGCCUCUUCUGAAGACGAUCUUCGUAAGUGAUAAUGAUAUCAAAGGUGUGGAUCCGGACGUAUUUAACCAACUGCAAGACCUGAGACAAAUAGAUUUACACAAUAAUAAUAUCGAUUACAUCCAUCCAAGCCUGUUUCAGUAUAACCAUAAACUUUCCAUAUUGGACCUUAGUUGUAACAAAAUAAUACGUUUACGGCUUGAUUUUAAUUCCAAUACUGAACUAAAGUUUUUUAAUUUAAGCUUUAAUAAUCUUACAUUUGAAGAUCUGACCAAUUUCCUUCCAGUACCCUCUCUCCAGGUUCUAGACAUAUCAUAUAACCAAAUAGAGACCAUAAGUGGUAAAGUAUUUGGUGAGAUGGUUAAUCUAACACAUCUGAAUAUAUCUGGUAAUCCCGAGUUAGAAUACGACUGUAAUCUAAGAACUCUGUUGACGUUGUGUUUGGAACAGAACAUUAGCUGUGGUACUGAUGACGAACAGUCUUUCAGAAUGGUUGAUAAUCUGUACUGUGAAACUGAAGAACUGCCUAAGGCCAUGUCGUUAACCCAAGACACGGACGAAAUGUUAAAUACCAGUGCCGGUACCACUGAGGAUGGCGUGGAUGAAGGCAGUGGAGUGGACGGAAACACAGGUAUUUCGGAUAAUAGAUCCAGUGAAUUUAAUUCCACUGAAGAAGUGUUAAUUGAACCGACCAUCACAUCAAACGAUGAUUGGACGCUUAUAGUAAUUAUUGUUAGUUCCGUGUGUUGUGUCGUCAUAGUGAUCACAGUGGCAGUGAUUAUUAUACGUAACCGUAGAAAUUCUCGCGAAGAAACGUCUGGAAAUCUAUCUCGCACAAAUUCUAUUGAUUAUCUCAACCAAGAAGAUCAGUUCAACAGACGUUAUAAGAAUCCAAGAAACAACAAUAUUAAAUUACGUAAUCAUUAUGAUCGUGUAAUUCCUUCAGAGCUCAGUAGAAAUGUUUUACAGUUUCAAGUUGGUGACACUGUUGCGGCGGAAGUGGUACGCGUUCCAAGUUUUAAGACUCGUGGUGUGGCAACACCGUUGAAUCUUCCGGAAGAGAUUUCUCCUGAAGAAACCAAACUGACUGUUCCUAACAGAAGAAUUGUACCUCACCAGCCACAAAUUAAUUCACUGUCGCGUUCCAAUGCGGCUUCUGUAAAUGAGCAUAACGAAACUGUUAGAUCUGGCAGCAUCAAGAAGGCGAAGCAUCUGGAAGUAAUUCGAUGAGAUUCUCAGUACGCGUUACCAGAGAAACGGGAAGUACCACCUAGACAGAGCUGAACUUGUCCCUAUGACGUAAUAAUAACGUCUAUUGUUUUUCAACUGUGGUUUGUAAACUGUGGUUCUUGGCAAAGACGAUUCCGAAAACCAAGUAAUUAUAUCAGCCUGCAACGUGAAUACGAAAGCUUCUUAUGUGAAAUGCAGUGGCUCCUAAAUGCUUGAUAGUUAUGUAUAAAAACGUGUUUCUCACCGCAUUUCUUGGGCUUGUCAGAUAAAAUCUGACACAUCCUUCUCGGCGACUGAACUACGAGUAGCGGCUUCUGCUUCCUCAAGUUCAGAGGAAGGUGCAGCAGAUAAAAAGCAGGAAAAAUUGUCAUAUUUUCCUGAAGGAGCUCGCUUUGAUUCUUGUUAAGUAAAAUAUCGAAGAUGGCUCAGUUUCAGUCUCAAGAUAUUGCCUCGCGAUUUUGAAAAUCUGUAAUCAUUUAAGAUGGCAGAUGUCGCAGUUCAGUAAAGCACGUGGUUACGGACGACAACGACCGAAGUAAAGCUGUAGUAAGGAUGAUGAGCUUUUUAUUCCCACCAUCGCCACACCCAGUAGGUAUAUGGGACGAGUGAAACUUCGUGUCCAAUAGGAAACGAUGGAAGGUUUGAAUGUGAUAAAGUUGACUGAAACGUGAGGUAAGCUUCUUCAUGUUGCGUUGUGUAAAGUAAAGUAAAGUUUGUCCCACUAUACGCCAUGUAGGCGUUUGGGGGGAGAGGAGGUAUAGCUCCUCUCUUCCUUGACCUCGGCACUAGAUGGGGGUGAGUGGUCAGCA